GGGGAUGGUGACAGGGAUGGGGAUACACUUGACUUGAUCACCUUUUGCAAGAAGGAGAACCAAGGCAGGGAAGCGUCACACCAGAUAGUCUACCCUCACGCAUACGUAACCUGUUGCUACCACCACCAUGGCUGCCAUUGAAAGCUUUCCCUCGCUCACGGUCGUUGCCAUCGACGGCUUUCUCAAGAAGAAGCCUGUCCUCCUCAACAUGGACACUGCCUCGGGUCGCAUCUGUCAGCAGAUUGACGGAGGCAAUGUUGAGGCCAUGGAUGUCUCUGCUGCUUUCAGAGUCAAGAACGCCCCCAACGUUAAGGUCAUCAUGAACGUAAAGGGCAAGUCAAAGGAGGUCGAAUACCGGUUCGCCUCGGACAAGCUUGCCGAGCAGGCGUACCUUGGGUUCCAGGCUGCGCUCAACUUGCGUGAGGUUGAGGGCUACUCGCCGCGCCCGCUCUCGGUCUUUGUUGGAACGAUGAACAUGGGCGAUGCCGCGUGUACCGACGAUCUCGAGCCGUGGAUCCCGCGCAACACGUACGAUGUCUACGCCAUCGGCGUGCAAGAGUGCGAGUACAAGCCGGCUAACGGCGGGAAGACUGAGGCCCACUGGUUCUCCCAGGUCGAGACCCAUCUCGGCUCGGGCUACGUUCGCGUCUCGGGCGGCUCGCUCUGGUCCAUUCGCAUCAUCGUCCUCAUCCGCGCCGAGCUCCGCGAGUUCCUCUCGGACGUCGCCAUCAACUCGGAGGCAACCGGCAUCGGCCACGUGGCUGGCAACAAGGGCGGCAUCGGCAUCUCGUUCUCGCUCGGUGACUCGUCGUUCUUCUUUGUCACCUCGCACCUCGCCGCCCACCAGGGCGAGGUUGCCAAGCGCAACGCAGACUUUUCCGAAAUCAUCCAGGGCCUCUCUAAGCUCUCUGUCCGCAACGUCGACGUCACCUCACUCUACGACCACGUUUUCUGGUUCGGCGACCUCAACUACCGCAUCGACCUCGAGCGCGAUGCCGUCCUCGCCGCGGUCGAGGCCGGCAACCUCGACGAGAUCCUUGCCGCCGACCAGCUUGCCGCCGAGAUGGCCGCCGGCAACGUCUUUGUCGGCUUCUCUGAGGCGCCCAUCUCGUUCACGCCGACGUACAAGUUUGAUCGUGGCUGCCGCGAGUACACCACCACCAAGAUGCGCGUCCCGUCGUACACCGACCGUAUCCUUUGGAAGACCGCGCCGCACAUCGAGCUCUCGGCCACCGCCUAUGACGCCGCCCACGACAUCACCACCUCGGACCACUCGCCUGUCUGGGCCGCCUUUGACACCCAGAUGCUCCUCCCGUUCCGGUCCGCAGUCUGGGACGAGGCCUUUGACUCCCGCGGCAUCGUCCGCAUCCGCAACCUCUGCGGCGACAACCUUCGCUCCAUGGACCUCAACGGAUACUCGGACCCGUAUGUCAUCUUCUUUGGCCGCGCCGUCGACUCGAUCCAGACCCCAACCAUCAAGAAGACGCUCCACCCGACUUGGGCCGACAACCCCGACGAGCCGUUCAACAUGUCGCUCGUCAUCAACGAGCCCGACUACAUCGAGCACCAGUCCAUCAUCGCUCUUGUCAUGGAUGAGGACAAGAUGUCCAAGGAUGACCCCCUCGGCCAGGCCUGGAUCCCGCUCGCUCCCGGCAUCGGCGGGCCGCACGAGUUUACCGUCCAGCUCACCGCAAACGGCCGCCCGGCUGGCUCCCUCUCCGGCACCAUCGAAGUCGACCUCGACGCCAUGGUCUGAUCCUCAUCACGUGGAAAUACUUGCACACACUCUUGUUCUUCCUCUGCUCUUCAUUGCGUCUGCUCUCUCUCUCUCUCUCACGGUGCCUUCACCUUGGGCUGGGUCUCCCGCUCCUCAAACGCAUGCUGCGCCACUGCAUCCAUCCCUGAUCGCAGCUGCGCCUCGUAGUUGAUGUCGUCCAUGUUGUCCACGCCACGCACCGCCUUGUUGGCCUUGACAUCGCCUCGGGCCGUCGCGUCCUUCAUCGUAUCGGAUCCAGUCUUCGGGUUCGGCAUCUUCAGAUUGU